CUAAUCUCUGACGUCAUGUCAACUGGGUUAGAGAUUUGACGUUUCAUUUCAAGGAAAACACAAAUCGCAAAGCGACUGCCAAGCAAUACAAUAUGGAAUUGUAAAUGCAACAAAGGAAAAUAAGUUCAGCAAUUCCGUAAUGUUUCGUAAACUAGCAAUAACGAUUGUGAUAUUAAUUAUAAGUGAAUCCCAUUCCAAACCUUCACCAGACAAUGGGGAAGUCUUCCUAACCAAUCCUCGCUACUUAAACUAUGACGAUUUGACGACGCUCUUCGAGAAGUUCGUCGAGGACUACCCGCACCUGGCCAAGCUGCACAGCGCCGGUAAGUCGGUGAGGCACCGAGAUCUGUGGGCUUUGGAGAUAAGCAGCGACGUCGGUAACCGUCCGCUACUCACCCCGAUGUUCAAAUUCGUCGCCAACAUGCACGGAGACGAGACCGUCGGUCGACAAUUGCUGAUCUAUCUCGCCGAGUACUUGCUGACCAAUUACGGACGCGACGAGCGCGUGACGAAGCUCGUCAACGGUACAGACAUCUACCUGAUGCCGUCGAUGAAUCCGGACGGUUUCGAGAAUUCCGAGGAGGGCGAGUGCGAGUCGAAGCCGAAAUACGUCGGGAGAACGAACGAGAAUGCGGUCGACCUGAAUAGGGAUUUUCCCGAUCAGUUCGACGGGUCGAUACGUGCCGGCACUAUUUUGUCCGGUCGCCAGCCGGAGACGAUCGCCAUGAUGACUUGGAUUAUAUCGAGGCCGUUCGUGCUGUCGGGGAAUUUGCAUGGGGGCGCAGUCGUCGCUAGUUACCCUUAUGAUGAUUCGAAGUAAGUUCAGUCUUAGAGUU